CCCCAAGGUGGGGACAGAGUGAAUUCCUCCUCGUGAUCACGUGACUGGUUGGGCAGUGUUGGCGCUGCCGUGACUCACAGCUAGUGAGUGAGAGAGGAAGGGAGAGGUGACGGGGUGCUGCGUGGGCAUACAGGGUUCCUUGUGGCGCUAGUGUAGUUGUUGGAGCGAUGAAGCCUUCGCAGCUGACGUGGAGAAGGGACUUAUUACUUUUAGUCCCAGGAGUCCUAAUUCUUUUACUUUCAGCUUUUGCAACUGCGGCAUCUGCUGGGUGUGAAGAGUUCAAAACUUGUGAGUCCUGUAAAAAUGAAACAAGCCUGAACUGCUCAUGGGUGUCUUGCUCUAACGACUCUGUUGACGCACGAUGUAUAAAUGAAACCCAAAACACUCGCAACUGUUCAGCGACCCCCUGUGGAGCCAUAAGCCCUACUUCAACUGCUGUGACAGCCACCUCUCCUGCCGCCUCCACAUCUACCAAUGCAACAACACCUGCAUCCACAACCCUUCCUGCCUCGACUGCCACUAAAAAUGCAACUACAACCCCGUCAAGCAGCACAACAAUCGCCCCUACGCCGCCUUCAAAGAAAGGCACUUUUGACGCGGCUAGUUUCAUCGGAGGAAUAGUGCUCGUCUUGGGCAUACAGGCAGUGAUAUUUUUCCUGUACAAGUUCUGCAAGGCCAAGGACAGGAAUUACCAUACUCUCUAAAAAAAAAAAAAAUAAUAAUAAAUCUAGCACUCCUUGACUGCUUGUCCACAUUGCUCAAACCAAAAUAUUUUGCCUUGAAGAGAUUUCUCAUUGAAGAAUAUCAGAUAUUAAAAUCAGUUCUGUGCCAACGUACUUGAGCAGAAUGCUGGUGCCGCUUUGUUGUGCUCUCCAAACGCAUGUGCCUCUACAGCUUCCCAGGGAGAACAUGGACUUUUUAUCCCCUUGUUUCCCAUGCCAGUUUUGUAACAUCAGGAAGAAAUUUGCCAUGAGCUGAUCUGAAAUUUGUAAAUGGCAAUUCCAUAUCGGGUUGAACAGUGGCACCAUCCAUCAUGGCUUGUACAUAACGAACAGACAGAGGAAGGAUAGCAGCAAUGUUUUGGUACUGCAUCUUUGUUUAUAGUUACAAUUGUUUUGGUGGCCUUCUUUUCAUUUAGGCACGGUCUAAAUCUAAAAUGGACUGAGUACUUAGGGUUUGUCCUUAUUUGAAGUGCACCUUAUUUCUUACAGAAGGACCAUUUUUAAAGAAUUGUGCCUUAAUGUAAUAGAGAGAAUAAAAAUGGCCAACUUUUGCAUAAAUACACUCACCUAUACAAGAUGAUUGGAGUGUCAAAGCUUGUCUGUCUACAUUAUUGCCUAAUUUAGUCUAAGUGCUAAACCUGAUACAGGUAUACCUGCUGAAAAGAAUGCCAUAAAUAAGUUGUAAUUUUAAUGCUUAAUGACAAUACAAUAGCUGGGUUAAACAAUGUUUAUUUUAAUGUUUAUACUCUACCCUGAGAUUUCACUAUGCUGACUCCCUUAUUAGUAAAAGAUGAUACCUUUGAAAAUGAUUUUAUCUGUUAAUUUUUUUUUUUUGCAUUGAAGUUCAGUGCCUCUCAAUGUAAGUGUGAUGGCACAAGGGGUGCUUAGUCACCCACCAAAAUCUCCUAUCCUGGGAGAGACAAAAGUGCCCAAAAAUACUUGAGUGUACGUCACUUAGCGCAAUAAUUACAGUACACCUUUAUUACUUUGUUAGUAUGUGAUUAUGACUGAACAUGCAGAGACAAUUAGACUUCUUAGUGAUUCAAGCGCUGUGUGGGUAAAGCACUGUGCAGGAUUUCCAAGCAAUCGAGACAUAACCACUCUUUGCUUCCUAAUAGUUGACUGUUGAGCAGAAUUACCUUACAAAAAGGAAAAAAAAACAAAUCUACUAAUGUAGAAUAUUUUCAUAGGUACACACUCUUAAGUGCCUUAGAACACCAGUAAAAUUGAUAAUAAAAUACAGUAAUGUGAAAACAGGUGUCUGCAGUUGUCAGUUCUUCUAACCUAUUUCUAACCUCUCAUUGUAACUGCAAAAAUAUUUGAAGUAGGUACUGUCACUGCAAAUGCGGAUUCAUUUUUGUAUAAAGUUGCUAUUAAUAUUAGUCAAUUGUGACCUUCUAAAUUCCCUUUUGUAAUGAAGUAUGGCCUUUGUGUUCUUGGGGGGUGGGUUGGUGUCUUGUUUAUGUUUUUACAUUUAAUAAGUGAUGGUUACCUCCUAUAUUUAUUUUAUGCAUCUGGCACAUUUAAAGCAUAGCUACUCAGUAGCUGUUAAAUGACAGCUCCCAGCACUCCAACAGCCUGUUGGGCCCAUGCUUGACAUCAGUGGGGUGCAUUUGCUAUUGCACAGAAGUGACCUAUAUAUAUAUAUAUAUGUUUGAUUUUCUGAAGGUAAAUACACAACGCACAUUGACUUGCUUUCUACCACUCAAUAAUUUAAAGAAAGGUAAUUAUGUACAUGUAACACUUUUGGAUUAUGGUUUGGAAGAACCUAAUGCACAUACCUCAAUAAUGGGAUUUAAAAGAAAAGUGACUUUGUGCUUUCCUUAUUUUCUCAGAAAAUACAGUUACCCACUGGGGCUUUUCUUAGGUCUGAGGUAAUAUUUUGAGUAAAAGAAAACUGUAAAAUGGUGACUGAGCAACUCUAACACUGCAUGACUUAUGAAGGAUUCUGUAGCACAGACAUAUACCGUGGUGCUCAUAAAUUAACCCUCAGUAUAACACUUGCUAAGAUUCACUGGGCAGUGGGCUUUGCACUCUUGACAGUCACACUUCUCAGGAGGUCCCGCUAAGAAGUGGUUCUGGUGGGUUGGUUCUUCUCAGCUCCACUUCAGGAUAUUGGCUAAAGAAUCACUGCAGAUAUUUCAGUGUUUCUGUGUUUGCUGGUAGACUAUAUAAAGUCUUGAUGUCCGUAGAAGCAUGUUUUGAUGUGGCUUUCUGGUGGAGCUUGUCUUUAAAGUAUGUUUUACUGUAUAAAGCUGGAGUUCAGCUUCUCAGCAGUUUUGUAUGGAUCACAAUGCACUUAGGACCAUUGCGCUAUCAUUGUUGUCUUAUAAACUGAGAUUCUGCAAAUAAAGUUGAUUUUGUUUGAAAAA